AUGAAUGAGGCAUUAACUUAAUAAAGAGGGAAAUUAUAUCAAUUGGAAAGCGAGAAUCGUUCUUUUAAGACUUUUAAUGAAGAGUAAAAUCGUGUGAUUGAGACUUUGUCGAAAUAAAAAAUAAAUUGA